AUGGCGUCCUGCCAGGCGUUCUUGCUUUUGGGUUUCGAUCAAGGCGUCAUGGCAGGACUCGUCGGUGCGGACAAUCGAUUCGGGAGGGACUUCAACAAUCCCGAUGCCAACAUGCAGGGUAACAUCACGGCUCUGUACGAUAUCGGCUGUGUGAUCGGUUCGAUUGUAUCAUACUUUAUCGGAGAACGAAUGGGUCGUCGGACCAUGCUUAUGCUCGGUGGCUUUAUCAUGGUGAUCGGUACGAUCAUCCUGGCCACUUCAAACACUGUCGCACAGUUGAUCGUCGGCCGUAUUGUCACGGGUGUGGGCAAUGGCAUGAACUCUUCAACUGCGCCAGUUUACCAGAGUGAAUGCUCGCCUGCGUCGUAUCGUGGUGCUCUGUUGACCCUGCAGGGCACAGUGACAAUUCUGGGCGUGGUUAUUGCCUACUGGAUGGACUAUGGUACAAGCUUUUAUGGAUCAUCCUUCCAGUGGCGUUUCCCGCUCUCCUUCCAAGCCGUCUUCGCCAUCCUCCUCAUCCUCCAGGUGAUCGGAUUACCCGAGACCCCCCGUUGGCUGGUCCAACACGACCGCCACGAAGAAGCCCGCGCCGUCGUCGCUGCGAUCGAAGACCGUCCCCUCGAUGACGCACUCGUAACCAAGACCAUCCUCGACAUCCAAGUCGGUCUGGAAGAAGAACAAAAAGGUGGCCCCUUCAGCUUCAAGGAACUCUUCACCUGGGGCGAGGUACAGAAUCUCCGUCGGAUGCUGAUCACCAUCACAAUCGAGCUGGGUCAACAAUUCACCGGAUCCAACAUGAUCAACUACUACGGACCCGUCAUGUUCCAAGAAACCAUGGGUAUGGAUCGAAACCUCGCGAUGAUCCUGGGCGGUUGUAUCCAGUGCACAUACCUCGUCGGCUCGGCAAUUCCGGUCUUCCUCAUGGAUCGCUUCGGUCGUCGGACGCUUUUGAUCAUCUGUUCCGCUGGACUGUGUCUAUGCUUUGUGAUGGUGUCUAUUCUGCUUUCGCUAAACCGGAUGGACUGUGCCUACGGUGCGACGGCAUUCAUUUUUAUCUUCCAGAUUUUCUACGGCGUGGGCUGGCUCCCAGUGCCGUGGUUCUAUCCGGCCGAGAUUAACACGACGCGUGUCAGAACGAGGAUGGCGGCCAUCGCGUCGGGGUGGAAUUGGAUGGCGGUGUUUGCGGUGGUCAAGAUUACCCCGAUUGCCUUCGACAACAUCAAAUGGAAGACCUUUGUGAUCUUCGCCGUGUUGAACGCGGCGUUUAUCCCCAUGGUAUACUUCUUCUAUCCCGAAACCAAGGGAUUGGAACUGGAAGAUAUUCCAUUACUAUUCGCCAAAGGUGGUAUUACCGGGGGUGUGUACAGUUCCAAAGGUGGACGCACAGUCAUGCCUGGCCAGCAUGCUCAGGAGAGACGAGUGGAUGAAAAGGUGGAAGGGGUGCAGCAACUGGAAGAUGUGAGCUAA